UGUAAAGGACAUUGAAGUUGCUAAAAAGAUGAUAAGAUUCACACAGUUAAACUCCAUUGGCGUGUCAAGAGAAUCCCAAAUUCGAGCUGCUAAGAUGAUUGGAGUGAUUUGUGAUGGUUACAAAAAUUUAAAGUCCAUUGAAUCUGAUCACCUCUUUUUUGAUUAUUGCAAAAGACUCAUGAAAGAAAGGUGGGAGAAAUUUAAGACAGCUAUUGAGAAAAGCAAGGUUUUUACCUUGACCAAAUACCCAACUUCCUAUUGUCACUUCAACAAGGACUUAUCUGAGCAAUACCCAGCUUUUGCUUGGUUGAAGUGCGUGGAGGGGAUAAAAGACGGCGAGAGUUAUUUGGAAAACUUGAAGAUUCGUACAAGAGGAGGGGAGAGAUUUGGUGUCAGUUCAAAGUAUGUUAGGGUUAGCAUGAUUGGUACAGAUGAUGAGUUCAAUGAAUUAUGUACAAGAUUGUCAAAUGCUAAAAGAGAAUGAUGUUGGAACCUUCAAAAAAUGUCGUAUGUAUCGUUAGCUAGUUAGCAUGAGUUUCAUCAA